AUGAAGAACCCCCGGGAGCUCGCGGACAAAACAAGAUAUUGCCACUUCCAUCGACAAAACAGGCAUGAUACGGAAGAGUGCCGUGAGCUGAAGCGACAGAUCGAGGAGCUGAUUCGAAGGGGGCAUCUCAGCCACUACCUAUGGCAAAAUAAAGAGCUUUCCCUGCGGCCCGAGGGCCCCGUCGAAAGGCAGAUUGAUGUGAUCACGGGCGGCCCAGCGUAUGGGGGAAAAAUUAUGACUGGGCAGAAAGCAUACACCCACACCCCAACGGCCGAGGACCCCGGGCACGGACCCGCGCCCGAGGUCACAUUUCCAGCUGAGAGAGCCGAACCGCCCAAACACGAUGACGCGUUGGUGGUGGCUGCCAUAAUCGCCAACGCCCAAGUGAAAAGGGUCAUGGUUGACACUGGGAGCUCGGCCGACAUCCUUUAUUUGGACGCAUUCCAGAAGCUCGGGCUCUCCCACGACGCCCUGGUGACUAUGAGCUCAGCGCUCACCGGAUUCACCUACAAAUCAAUUUUGCCAUUGGGCACGACCGUCCUGCCCUUAACCCUCGGGGAAGCACCGAGGACGAAGACGGUGAUGAUAACCUUCUUGGUAGUUGACCUUCCUACCGCAUAUAAUGCAAUUCUGGGACGCCCCACUCUCAACAAGCUCAGAGCGGUUAUCUCUACCUACCACCGUACCGUGAAGUUCCCAACCCGUGCAGGGGUCGGAGAGGCCAAGGGAAACCCCCGCGAGUCAAGGCGAUGCUACUUGACCACGAUCUCCCUACACAAGAGGAGGAGGGCUGAGCUCCCGCUCAAAGACCCCCGGGAAAUAAAAAGGUCAUCCCGACACCCCGAGCCAACGGGACCUACCGUGGAUGUGCCCCUACAAGACGGGCGUCCGGAUCAAACUGUCAAGGUCGGGUCGGAGCUUCUUGAGCAUGAGCGUGCCCGGCUCAUCAAUCUCCUCCAAGAGAACGUCGAUGUCUUCGCCUGGUCACCCACUGACAUGGCAGGCGUUGACCUUGAGGUAUCUCAACACCACCUGUGUAUCUCCCCCGACGCGCGGCCAGUAAAGCAGAGGCCCCGACGUCUAGCUCCCGAACGCCAGCAGGUCGUUCGAGGAGAGGUAGAACGGCUCCUGGCGGUAGGCUUCAUUGAAGAAGCCAAGUACCCACACUGGUUAUCCAAUGUAGUCCUCGUGAAGAAACCCAAUGGAAGUUGGAGAAUAUGCGUUGACUACACCGAUCUUAAUCGCGCCUGUCCGAAGGACUGCUACCCCCUCCCGCGAAUCGACCAGUUGGUCGACGCGAUGGCCGGUCAUGCCCGCCUUUCGUUCAUGGACGCCUUCUCUGGCUACAACCAGAUCAGGAUGGCGCUCGAGGAUCAGCAGCAUACCGCGUUCCUCACCGACCAAGGAGUCUACUUCUACAAAGUUAUGCCGUUCGGGUUGAAAAACGCCGGGGCUACGUAUCAAAGGACCGUGAAUAAAAUGUUUGCUCACCAGAUCGGGAGAAACAUGGAGGUCUACAUCGACGAUAUGAUUGUGAAGAGUCGCACAACUGCAACUCACUUGCCCGACUUGGCCGAGACAUUCGACACGCUACGAAGGUAUAACAUUCGACUCAACCCCGCCAAGUGCGCCUUCGGCAUCAACUCGGGCAAAUUCCUCGGGUUCAUCAUACACGAAAGGGGAAUCAACGUAAACCCCGACAAGGUAUGGGCAAUCAUCGACAUGCAGGCCCCUCGGGCAAUUAAGGAGUUGCAGCGCCUGAACGGGAGGCUCGCCGCCCUGUCAAGGUUCUUAUCUCGAUCGGGCGACCGGUGCCUACCCUUCUUCCGGGCCCUGAAGAAUCCCCAGGAAUUCGCGUGGACGGCGGAGUGUGGGGAGGCUUUCGCCCACAUAAAGGAGCACCUGGCCUCCCUCCCUCGCCUCGCUUCGGUGUCCCCUCAGGAAAAGCUCGGUAUUUACCUGGCCGCCUCUCAAAAUGCAGUAAGUUCGGUCUUGAUCAAGGAGGCCCCUGGAGGACAACAACCGGUUUACUACACUAGCCAUGUCCUCAAUGGACCCGAGGAGCGAUACCCCCCUAUUGAGAAGUUGGCACUAGCGCUCGUGCUGACUGCCCGGAAGCUGCGCCCCUACUUCCAAGCUCAUCCGAUCGAGUACGUCCCGAGGACCGCCAUCAAAGCACAUGCGGUAGCUGACUUUAUCUCGGAAUUGACUCGGCCCAAGGGCGAGGAGCUAGAGCGUGUGAAAAGGGAGUGGCUCCUCCGUGUGGACGGAUCGUCCGGCCGAAAGGGUGCGGGGGUCGGGCUAGUAUUGGAGGUCCCCGAUGGGCGCUCGUUUGAGCGCUCCCUUCGCUACGGAUUCAAGGCCACCAACAACGAGGCGGAGUACGAAGCGCUACUGGCGGGGCUUAGACUAGUCGUCGAAAUGCAGGUGGACGACAAACACAUCCUCACCGACUCGCAACUAGUUGCCGAGCAGCUCGACGGCAGGUAUGAGGCCCGGGACCCGACCAUGUCAAAGUAUCUGGUGGAGGUAAGAGCUCUCGCCGCCCAUUUUUCCCGUUUCGUAUUGUCCAGGGUGCCCAAGCGCCAGAAUGAACGGGCGGACACCCUGGCGAAGCUGGCCUCGAGAUUAAAUCCUUUGGGCAAGCCCGACGUGGAGGAGCUCCCCACCCGCGCCAUCACGGUCGCAACAGUGACCACCGCUGACCCACCAACGACAUGA